AUGACCUCUGCGUCAGAUACUACCCCUCUGCUCGCCGACGCCGACCCCCUCGGUGGUAGUGCGCAGAAUGAAGAAAACAUCACCACCUUCCGCCAGAAGAAAGAGCCAUUCUCUCGGGCCACCGUUGUCCUCACCAUUUUCUCGGCCUUCUUUUCCACCAUCGCCUUUGUCUUCGACUUGAUCGUCAUUGCUAUCGACUCGGCCGCUCCGCACGGCUACUACCUAUUCUGGGGCCUACGAUACCGGGUCCAUCAUAUGUUUGGCAUAAGCAUCCUAACCCUUGUCUUCUCACACCUCAACCUAGCCAGCAUAAAGCACUCCCGCCGCCCACUGUGGCUCUGGGUAAAUCUAAUCGUCGACGCCGUAACCGUUGUUUACGUCGUUGGCACGGCGCCCGAGGCACUAUCGCAGAACUUCCAUCAGUCGCCGGACUCGUGGCUUCCCGACACAGGAGCCGCGAAUACCACGCGCGCUGUGAUUGUGCUCUUGGGGAUCGGGUUGAUUUCGGGUUUAGUCGUGGCUUUCGUCCAUCUGGUUCACUUCCCUAUGCGCUGCUAUGCUUCUUUGAAGAGUGGGUCUUGGCAGGCACCGCAGACUUGGAAGGUUCCUGGUGGAGAGUUCAAGAUUGACUUUAGCAUCAAGUUCCUCCGGGAGCCGAGUGAAUCUCUCAUCGAGCAAUCGUAA